CGGAACAAAAAACCAAAGUGCCCGAAGUGACGAAACCAAGUUUAAGCCAACCAACGGCCGCCAGCCCAAUUGGCAGCUCUCCAUCGCCACCAGUCAAUGGUGGCAACAAUGCCAAAAGGGUGGCAGUGCCGAACGGACAACCGCCAAGCGCCGCCCGCUACAUGCCUCGGGAGGUGCCGCCGCGAUUCCGUUGCCAGCAGGACCACAAAGUGUUACUAAAACGUGGGCAGCCCCCUCCGCCGUCCUGCAUGCUCCUCGGGGGUGGGGCAGGGCCUCCUCCCUCCACAGCACCUGGAGCAAACUCAAACAACGCACAAGUGACAGGAACGCUGCUGCAGGGGGACGGUGGGACUGCACCAGAGUCAACCCUUGGAGGUGCUGCUGCUUCAAAUUAUGCAAAUUCCACUUGGGGCCCGGGAGCCUCCUCCAACAACGGCGCCUCCCCCAACCCAAUUCACAUCCGGGACAAGGUGAUUGUAGACGGGUCUGACAUGGAAGAGUGGCCUUGUAUUGCCAGCAAAGACACUGAGUCUUCUUCCGAAAACACCACCGAUAACAACAGUGCCUCGAACCCUGGCUCUGAGAAGAGCACUCUGCCAGGAAGCACCACUAGUAACAAAGGAAAAGGGAGCCAGUGCCAGUCUGCAAGUUCUGGGAACGAAUGUAAUCUUGGGGUCUGGAAAUCUGACCCUAAGACUAAAUCUGUUCAAUCUUCCAACUCUACUACAGAGAGCAACAAUGGACUAGGAAAUUGGAGGAAUGUGAGUGGUCAGGAUAGAAUUGGACCUGGCUCUGGCUUCAGCAACUUUAACCCAAAUAGCAACCCAUCUGCCUGGCCAGCGCUGGUCCAAGAAGGAAAUUCUAGGAAAGGGGCAUUGGAAACGGAUACUAGUAAUUCCAGUGCACAGGUUAGCACAGUAGGUCAGGCAUCCAGGGAACAGCAGUCAAAGAUGGAAAAUGCGGGUGUUAAUUUUGUUGUCUCUGGCAGAGAACAGGCUCAAAUUCAUAACACUGAUGGACCAAAAAAUGGAAACACUAACUCCUUGAACUUAAGUUCACCAAACCCCAUGGAGAAUAAGGGAAUGCCCUUUGGAAUGGGCUUGGGGAACGCCUCCAGGAGCACUGAUGCCCCUUCACAAAGCACUGGAGAUCGAAAGACUGGGAGUGUUGGAUCUUGGGGUGCAGCUAGGGGGCCUUCUGGAACUGACACAGCCUCUGGACAAAGCAAUUCUGGAAACAAUGGGAACAAUGGAAAGGAUAGAGAGGACUCCUGGAAAGGAGCUUCUGUUCAGAAAUCAUCUGGGUCAAAAAAUGACUCUUGGGACAAUAACAGGUCUACGGGUGGGUCCUGGAAUUUUGGCCCUCAGGACUCUAAUGACAACAAAUGGGGUGAAGGGAACAAAAUGACAUCUGGGGUCUCUCAGGGAGAAUGGAAACAGCCGACUGGGUCUGAUGAGUUGAAAAUUGGAGAAUGGAGUGGUCCAAACCAACCAAAUUCUAGCACUGGAGCAUGGGACAAUCAAAAGGGCCACCCCCUCCCUGAAAACCAAGGCAAUGCCCAGGCUCCCUGUUGGGGAAGAUCUUCCAGCUCCACAGGAAGUGAAGUUGGAGGUCAAAGCACUGGAAGCAACCACAAAGCAGGAAGUAGUGACAGUCAUAAUUCUGGCCGUCGGUCAUACCGGCCCACACAUCCUGAUUGUCAGGCUGUCUUACAGACUCUUUUGAGCCGAACUGAUUUGGACCCCAGGGUGCUCUCAAACACUGGCUGGGGCCAAACUCAAAUUAAGCAGGACACAGUGUGGGAUAUUGAAGAGGUGCCAAGGCCUGAGGGGAAAUCUGACAAAGGAACUGAGGGGUGGGAGAGCGCUGCCACACAGACCAAGAACUCAGGGGGCUGGGGAGACGCACCCAGCCAAAGCAAUCAAAUGAAGUCUGGAUGGGGGGAGCUCUCAGCCUCUACAGAGUGGAAAGACCCCAAGAACACAGGAGGCUGGAAUGACUACAAGAACAACUCUUCCAACUGGGGAGGCGCACGACCAGAUGAAAAGACUUCUUCCUCUUGGAAUGAGAACUCCAGCAAGGAUCAGGGGUGGGGAGGGGGACGCCAGCCCAAUCAAGGAUGGACUUCUGGGAAGAAUGGUUGGGGAGAGGAAGUUGAUCAAGCGAAAAACAGCAGUUGGGAAAGUUCUGCAAGUAAACCUGUGUCUGGGUGGGGUGAAGGAGGGCAGAAUGAAAUUGGAACUUGGGGGAACAGUGGGAAUGCAAGCCUAGCUUCCAAAGGCGGCUGGGAAGAUUGCAAAAGGUCUCCAGCGUGGACUGAGACCGGCAGACAGCCCAGUUCCUGGAAUAAACAGCACCAACAGCAGCAGCCACAACAGCCACCGGCACCACAACCAGAGGCUUCUGGUUCCUGGGGAGGCCCACCCCCACCACCUCCAGGCAACGGACGACCUUCCAAUUCCAACUGGAGCAGCGGGCCACAGCCAGUAACCCCUAAGGAUGAGGAACCCAGCGGUUGGGAAGAGCCAUCCCCACAGUCAAUUAGUCGGAAAAUGGACAUCGAUGAUGGCACUUCGGCGUGGGGAGACCCCAACAGUUACAACUACAAGAAUGUGAAUCUGUGGGAUAAGAAUUCCCAAGGGGGCCCAGCACCUCGAGAACCAAACCUGCCUACCCCCAUGACCAGUAAAUCAGCAUCAGUCUGGAGCAAAAGCACACCACCUGCUCCAGAUAAUGGUACUUCAGCUUGGGGUGAGCCAAACGAAAGCAGUCCUGGGUGGGGUGAAAUGGAUGACACAGGAGCAUCGACCACAGGCUGGGGGAACGCACCCUCCAAUGCUCCAAAUGCCAUGAAACCUAAUUCCAAAUCUAUGCAAGAUGGCUGGGGGGAGAGUGAUGGUCCAGUGACGGGAACUCGCCAUCCCAGCUGGGAAGAGGAGGAUGAUGGAGGAGUCUGGAACACCGCCGGCUCUCAGGGAAGUGCUUCCUCCCACAACUCAGCAAGCUGGGGACAAGGAGGAAAGAAGCAAAUGAAGUGCUCACUGAAAGGAGGAAACAAUGAUUCAUGGAUGAAUCCUCUUGCCAAACAGUUUUCAAAUAUGGGAUUGCUGAGUCAAACUGAAGAUAAUCCAGGCAGCAAAAUGGAUUUGUCUGUAGGGAGCCUUCCAGAUAAAAAAUUUGACGUGGACAAGCGAGCGAUGAAUCUCGGGGAUUUUAAUGAUAUCAUGAGGAAGGAUCGAUCUGGGUUCCGUCCACCUAAUUCCAAAGACAUGGGAACCACAGAUAGUGGGCCUUAUUUCGAGAAGCUGACUUUGCCUUUCUCCAAUCAAGAUGGGUGCCUUGGGGAUGAGGCUCCCUGCUCUCCCUUCUCCCCUUCUCCCAGCUACAAGCUGUCUCCCUCUGGUUCCACACUACCCAACGUCAGCCUUGGAGCAAUCGGCACAGGGCUCAACCCCCAAAACUUCGCUGCUAGACAAGGUGGCAAUCAUGGUUUGUUUGGAAAUAGCACAGCACAAUCGAGAAGUAUGCACACGCCAGUGCAGCCGCUGAAUUCUUCUCCUAAUCUCCGGGCGCAAGUGCCUCCCCAGUUUAUUUCCCCCCAGGUUUCUGCCUCAAUGCUCAAGCAGUUUCCCAACAGUGGCCUGAAUCCAGGUCUUUUCAAUGUGGGGCCCCAGUUAUCUCCUCAACAAAUUGCCAUGCUGAGCCAGCUUCCACAAAUUCCCCAGUUUCAGUUGGCGUGUCAGCUUCUCCUGCAGCAGCAGCAGCAGCAGCAGUUGCUGCAGAACCAGAGGAAGCUCUCACAGGCCGUGCGCCAGCAGCAAGAGCAGCAGCUGGCUCGGAUGGUGAGCGCCCUGCAGCAGCAGCAGCAGCAAAGGCAGCCUGGCAUGAAGCACUCGCCCUCCCAUCCCGUUGGGCCCAAGCCACAUCUGGACAACAUGGUACCCAGCGCUCUGAAUGUGGGGCUCCCAGACCUUCAAACCAAAGGGCCAAUACCUGGAUAUGGUUCUGGCUUCAGCUCUGGUGGCAUGGACUAUGGCAUGGUUGGUGGGAAGGAGGCUGGAACAGAGUCUCGCUUUAAACAGUGGACCUCCAUGAUGGAGGGACUGCCCUCUGUAGCCACACAGGAGGCCAAUAUGCACAAAAAUGGCGCUAUCGUGGCCCCUGGUAAGACUCGAGGAGGGUCACCAUACAACCAGUUUGAUAUCAUCCCGAGUGACACACUGGGUGGCCAUACGGGUCCUGCUGGUGAUAGCUGGUUACCUGCCAAAUCUCCACCAACAAAUAAAAUCGGAAGUAAAUCCAGCAAUGCCAGUUGGCCUCCAGAAUUCCAACCAGGAGUGCCAUGGAAAGGUAUCCAAAACAUUGACCCUGAGUCUGACCCCUAUGUCACCCCAGGAAGUGUGCUGGGGGGUACAGCCACAUCUCCCAUUGUAGAUACUGACCACCAACUUCUGCGGGAUAACACCACAGGGUCUAAUUCUUCCCUCAACACCUCGCUGCCUUCACCUGGUGCCUGGCCCUACAGUGCCUCUGACAACUCCUUUACCAACGUUCAUAGCACUUCAGCAAAGUUCCCUGAUUACAAAUCAACAUGGUCCCCAGAUCCCAUAGGACACAACCCCACUCAUCUCUCCAACAAGAUGUGGAAAAACCAUAUUUCCUCGAGGAACACUACAGCGCUGCCCCGCCCACCUCCCGGUCUGACCAACCCCAAACCAUCUCCCUGGAGCAGCACAGCACCCCGAUCAGUCAGGGGGUGGGGGACCCAGGACUCACGGCUUGCCUCGGCCUCUACCUGGAGUGAUGGUGGUUCAGUUCGUCCCAGUUACUGGCUGGUUCUUCACAAUCUCACUCCACAGAUUGAUGGGUCAACGUUGAGAACCAUCUGCAUGCAGCAUGGCCCACUGCUGACAUUCCAUCUGAACCUAACCCAGGGCACCGCCCUGAUCCGAUACAGCACCAAACAGGAGGCGGCCAAGGCCCAAACCGCACUGCACAUGUGUGUGUUGGGAAACACUACCAUCCUGGCUGAGUUUGCCACCGACGAUGAAGUUAGCCGCUUUCUGGCACAGGCUCAGCCGCCUACACCUGCAGCAACCCCAAGUGCACCCGCCGCAGGUUGGCAGUCGCUGGAGACCGGCCAGACCCAGUCGGACCCCGUCGGACCUGCUCUGAAUCUUUUCGGUGGGUCCACAGGGCUCGGGCAGUGGAGCAGCUCGGGCGGCGGCAGCGGGGCCGAUCUUGCUGGCGCUUCAUUGUGGGGGCCCCCAAACUAUUCUUCUAGCUUGUGGGGAGUCCCAGCUGUGGAAGACCCCCAUAGGAUGGGCAGCCCUGCUCCCUUACUACCUGGUGACCUUCUGGGAGGAGGGUCGGAUUCAAUCUGAACUUAGAACUUUCAACUCUGACCUCGUGACCUUUUUUGGAACAGCAGCAGCACUAACUUGACCUUUUCGUUUUUUUUUUCAACUUGCAAUAAAUACAUUUUUAAAAGGAAAAAAGAAAACGGAGAGAGGAAAAAAAAAGGUGGGUCAUUGACAGACUGUCUGAGCACAUAGUUGCCUCCCUUAUAACUUCAGUUUUUUCGUUUGGAAUAUGAAUCCAAAAAGAGAACAUAUCACUCUUGAAAUACUUGAAUCAUGAACGCCAACCUAGAAAGACAAUGUGAAGCAAGUACACAUACCAUUUAAAUUUAAACACAAAAAAAUUAAAAAAAUUAGUUUCUAGUUUUUCACUUUUUUCAUGUUAUAUGGAAGUUGUUGCUAAGAAACAUAUAUACUGAAAAAAAAAAUAGCUUUUUAACUUUGUUUGCACUGGGUGUGUUUCCGUCCUUAGGUCUACCACGUUUGGGAGGGAGGGGAAUUCAAAAGAAUUGUUGGGGUGGCGGGGGGAAGACUUGACGGAGCCUCACUUUAAAAACAAAAACACAAAACCUAAAAAAAAAAAAAAAAGAAAAAAUUUGUGAUUGGCUGGUUGAUAAAUACCAGUGUGUUCUGGCACAUGUAACUGCCCAGGCAUGCUCGUUCUGGUAUGUGUGUGCACGUGUGUUCAUGUGCAUUCGCGUGCAUCCUUCUCUCUGUCUCUGUGUGUGUGCGCGCCCGUGUCCUCCUCCUCCUCCCCCACUCGAUCUCAGAAAGCUGCAUUGCUGACAGUCUGCAGGCUGGCUGGCCGGCCAUCUGCUUUUUAUUUUAUUUUAUUUUAUUAUUUCUUUUUUUUUUAACUAUCAGAACACACAGGCACGGGGAGCCACUGCUUGCUAAAGCAACUCCGUUGGGCUGCAUUAAGAUGAACAGAGUGCUUUUUAAUGAUUUAAGCAGGGAGCUCCUUUCCAUUUGCAAAUUAGCCUGAGUGAGUUUUCUCUUGCUUUUCUUUUGACCUAGCAGUAGAGUUGGAGCACUGCCAAGUCCAAAAGAGUAGGAGAGCAGGAGGUACCUCUUGGAGCAACUGUGUGUUUAUUUAUUUCUGUUUUUUAAAGUACAUGGCCACCAGGCACAUCUGAAUAUCUGUUAGGUUUUUCUUCCGUUAGUCUGAAUGGGAACAGAUGAUAUAAGAGAGUUUUUACUUAAUGCCAUGUCUCAAAAGCAGAAAAACCAUGUUCCCCCUUUCUUGUGUCAUCAGGUAUGAGGAAUCAUCAGAAAGUCAGGUAAUGCCGCAUUAAAGGUUUCCAUUGGUUCUCUUUUUCGUUUUACGAAAACGGAAACAAACAGGUUGUGAGCAGCCUCCUGAAAGCACCUGCAGCUUCUCCCUCUCUGCUCCUCUCUCGCUGAGCGUUACCUGUGCCAGGCCGUGGCGUGUUACAGCACCAGGCCAUCACUGACAGAAACGUUUACUUAACGAAUGUUCUUAAACCAGUGUGUACUUCAAGCGUUUCCUUUUGUUUCUCUGUGUUGUGUAUUUCCUGUGUAUGUGGUUUUGCUUAGGCAGGUAUAACUUAGCAGAGACUUUUAAGUAUUGCACCUUUUUUUGGUUUUGACCUCUUUAUUUUUUUUUUUUCCUUGUAAUGUUGCUUUUUUUAUUUCGGUAUUUAAAGACUUUUUUUUUUUUUUAAAGCAUCAAUGUAGUAGUACUCUGGGCCGACUAGGGGGCAACUUUAAUCCACAGUUAUCGCCAACAUGUAUGUACUUAUGUUGGAAUCAACAUGUAUCAAACUGCUUUUUGUGAAGAGUUCUAGCAGACCCGAAGGGGUACCCCGUUAUACAAAGCAGAUGCUGGCGGGGCGGGUGGGGAGGGGGGAGGGGAACGUAUGCCGGUAACGCGCUAGCACUUGUGUGGACGUCCCAGUCUGCAUUAUACUGUUUAACAUAAAGUGCCGACAUUCUGUACCAGCAAAUACCUGCCCAUUCCAACCCUUGGUGGGAGCAGACCUCUACUGUCCUCCGUAACUUGCUGCUAGUGAGGACAAGGGAGUUUUUCUUUCUUCAGCAUCUUCAGUGAAGGAUACAACAAUGCCUAAUGUAUUUGACUUUUAGCUUGUGUCUGUGUGUAGGUGGGUGGGUGGGUGUGUAUAGGAAAAGGCAAAACUGAAUUAUUUGCAUUUAAAUGGUUUUAUGAGACAAAGAAUGGGAAUUCUGUAGUCCUCUGGCUUACCCUGUUGAUUAUAAACCUAGCCUCAAAAGAGAUUGACAUGCGUAAUUCAAGUGAGCGUUCGCUCAUAUAAGUCUUUAUGCACCCUUUGUGGGUAGGUGGUCAAACUUGAGUCUCCAGCGUUGGUUCAGUCCCAUUGGAUGCCUUGUAGAAAACUAACUGUGCCCUCUUCCUGCUCUCCGGUUUUCAUCACCACCACCAUGCCCCUUCCACCUCUGCCCUUGUACAAAACAUCUCCUUCCAGCCCCUCCACCUGCUCUCCGUGUGUGGAGCAAAACCCUGUGGUGUGUGGUGAUGUCCAGGUGGAGAGCAGCUGUGUUCAGCCAUCUACAGAAGGCGAAAUCUUAGUGGCCCUGGGCCAGGAGCAUGUCCCGAGGCUCCCACGAGCCCGUGGCGACCCUGUCCACUGCCGUGUCCUGCCCCCCCCCUUCCUCUCCUCCUGCCUGCUGGUUCCUUGGCCUGCACUAUGGGUUAGUUGAGUUCCUUACGAUACUACGGUGAAAGCCGGGUGCUAGAGCCCCUCUUGUUUACAAGACAUAAUGAGGGAUUUGAAAUAUGUAAAAAUAAACAUGAGAAGCUCAAAUGUUCUUCCAUCUUAAGCUUAAAGGGAAAAAAUUAAAAACUUAAAAAAAGACCAAAAAGUGCGUAUAUAUAUACAUAUAAAUAUAUAUUUUAGAUGAAGACUAACUCUGGGAGCAUUUAACAGUGUUUUUUUGUUUUUGUUUUUAACAUUUAUUUUCCUGCUUUAAAAUUUGCAAGCAUUCUCAGGAAUUCUAGGGUAGGAAGCCAGUUUUUUGAAGAUGGUUUAUUUAACCGUAUCUUAUCCUAGAUAGGCGGCUGUUUCUUUCCUGUUAAUAAACUUUUACAAGUUCCUGAAACUUCAAAAAGUUUAAACAAUUUUUACUUAAAAAAAUGUAAAAAGAAAAGUCUCCAAACAUUAUUGUCAUACUGGGGAUCACACAUUUUAAAACACAUAGAAAGAAAUAUUUUUUAAAAAUUAUCAAUUUAGCAGCAACAGGUCAAUUCGUUAUCUUAAAAAAUAGGGGAGAAGGAUUAGCUUUCUAAGAGCUUUAUCAUGGAUUUAUUUGAAAUUGUGUGUCAUUUAGUGGGAGUGUUUGGUUUGUAUAAAUGGGAAUGCCAUCACUUUGUUCCUUUCCAUUUAAGAGGGAACUGACAUCUCCCCUAACGAUUGUUAUUUUUUUUUUUUAAGGGAACCCUUCUCCCUGUCCCUCAAACCCCAGCAACAAAAGAAAGAAAGAUAGAAAGAACAACUUAGAAAAAAAGUAAACUCUAAUCUGUAAAAUAGUACGGUUGGAUUGCUGAGAAUCUAUGUAAAGAGCUAGGAAAUAGAGGUUAAUAAUUUUUGGAACAAAUUUUAAAUAUAGGCAUUACUAGAGGAAAAUAUCUAUGGACUGUUCUAUUAAUGAAGAAUGUCUGUCUUACCUCCCCGCUUGUUAUGGGAGGAGGAGAAAAUAAGAAGAAUCUAAGGAACAAGUGAUUUUACUUUUUUAGCUCCCAGUUACUGUUGUGCUCAUUUUAAUUGCUGUUUUGAAGAUCUGCUGCUUAAUUAUCCCCAUCCCUCAGCUGGAGAUAUGGAGUAUUUCCUUUCAGUUUUUCGUGAUGUUGAAUUCUCCUUUUGUAUUCCCUCCUGGGGCCAGGGGUCAGAAUUCCCAAACAUGACCACAGCUUCUUUUAAACAUCUAAGCUUCCCAGUGGGAAAGAAACUCCAGCUCGACAGGUAAUGGGUGGGUGGGGCUGCUGCCUGCAAUUUCUCUAAAACCGCUUUAGUGCCUUCGUACAUACACCCAGACAUCCGAAGCAGGAGGAGCUCGUGUGUAUGUGCAUGUGGUCCAGCCACUCCACAGAUAUAAGUACACUUGCCCAUUAAGGAAAUUGGAGUGGUUCUGGACAGGCCCCAAAGGCAGUGGGCUAAAUUUAAAAUAAAUAAACAGAAAUCAAGGAAGUUAAAUAUGCUUUCAUGUCUUGAUAAUGUGGAAUGCCAAGAUCCUUCCUUGUGUUAUUGCCCUCGUUACUGUGCACUGACUUCUCCAGGUGUGUCGCUUUGACAACUACAUACAGUGAUUGGGAAAGUCUGUUUGUGUUGGGCCAGUAGAAAGGGGUUUCUAUUUUUCUGCUCUUGUCCUUCUUUGUCUCCUCUCCUUCCCCCCCAAACUCCCCCCCUCCAUUUUUUUCGUCAGCUUGCUGGAAGCUUUGCUUUAUUGGUUGGCAGUGACCUAAGAACAGGAUAUAGUGAGGAUAUAAUGGAAGAGAAAAACUCUUUUCUUUCCGUGGUAUUCUUUGGCAAGAGCCAUGUCUGCUGAGAGGUUAGGUGGCUUCCAUAACACUUAGAAAAUUUGGUGGGAGCGGCUUCUCUUCCACCACAUUCUGGCAUGUGUACAGAGGUUUGCUGGUCACCUCUCAUUAUGUAGAUUUAUCUUGUAAACAUUUCGAUCAUGUAAAUUUGAGCUUUCCAAUUUUUACUAGUUUCCUUUAUUUUUUUUAAACACUUGAUUACUAGUGGCUGGAGGUGCCCAUCUUUCAAACAUCACAAACUUGGUUUCGGUCUACCACAUGAGUAGCCAAAAGGAAAAAGCACUCAUGGGGAAGAGACGUCUUCCAUCAGACUGGAGACCUCUACUGGCAAUUGAAAUCCAGUGCCAUGACCUAAUUUUAGGUGUUUAAAAAAAAAAAACCCACAAAAAAACAAAGUUCAGAUCUCCGAGACACUGUGAAGAAAUGGAUGGCCCAUAGGGCAUCUCUGAUCCCUCCAUACCUAGCCUUGAUCUUCUCCAUUUGCGACAUGCACAGAAGUUAGCAGUGCUGCAUGUUAAGGUUCCAAACCAAAUUCUUUCACCAGUGUCCCCCAGUAAAUCAACAUUAUCCAUUGAUUGCCAUUCGAUGUUUUAUUUAUAGCAGCUUAAUUUUCUAAUUGUAUGGCUCCUCUUCUAAGAACUUUCCCACCUCUUCUGAUGUGAAUGUAGCAUAAAUUAGUAGUUGGUUCUUCCAAGUUCCUGUGGGUUGAAUGCGGUAUCUGAGAUUAUGCAAAAAAAAAAAGAAAAGAAAGAAAAAAGAGAGGAAAAGAAAUUCCUACCUAAGAAUUUGGAAGAGCUUUUAUUAAUAUAUCUAGCAGAAACUAACAUUUCACGGGGUAUUGACGACGUGUUGCAAAUAUUCACUUGAAUUUUUGCCAUGAGGGGGCAGUUUUUGUAAGGUUAACAGCCAGAUUCCAUAUCGACCUCAGAUGCUGUGUACUUUUUAAUUUUAUUUUUUUAUAUUUUGCCAUGUUGACUCUUCUCUUAAACAAAAUGAAGAUGUCUCUGCUGAGCAAAAUGCUUAAGCCAAGCCUGUUUUCCUCUGCAGUGUAAACAAAAUGUUUUCAGCAGACUUGGCUGUAAUAGCCAUCUCUAAGAUUAGGGAACAAUUGAGUCUUUAUAUAGAAAAGGUCCCCUUCCACCCCAUCCUCAGAGUUCAAAUUCAGUAUAUAACACUUUGUAGGUUAUUGUUUGGAUUUGGGGUUUUUUCUUUUGUUUUAGCUAUCUAUAAGGUCUUUUACUAGGAGUAGAGAUGCAUUUUUAGCUGGUUGGGGAAAAAAAUCAAACUUUUUCUUCUCCAGUUUUUGCCAAGUUUUGUCACACUUCAAGCCUAUGCGUUAAUUACGCUUCUUAGUGAUACUGCAAAAAGAAAUCUUAUUCUUGAAUUGUUUUCCUUCCUGUGAGUGUCUUGCUGAGGCUGCAUGUGAUGGUGCAGUUGAAAAUAUUCCAGCCUAUGUGUCCAGUGAAUUAUCAAUCUAUAGACCUCAGAACCCAUUCAGAAAAUAGGAUGCCCUCACCCUCUGCUGCCCGUUGCACCACACCCUCUUAGCUUUCUUACCUACAAGUACAGGGUGUCCACACAGUCUAGAAACAGGUAAAUAUACAUAAUGUUGUCAAGAACAUCAUCAAUCUAUUAAAAAAAAAAAACCCACAUAGAAUGUUCUCUGUAUUUCCAGAGUUAGUGCGUACCCUGUAAUAAGCUCUGUAGGUUUAUGGCCAGUGCCAGAAGUGUGUGUAUUUUCAGAGAUGGUCCCUACUUAUUAACGAUGGUGGUGUUUUCUUGACCUUGAAUUUGACAAAGGGGGUACUGGCAUCACAUUCUUUAGAUUUAAAAUAAUGAUCAGCUUCAAGAACCUAUGAACAUAGUAAUAACUUAAUAAAAAUAGAACACUGACCCUCCCUGCCCUGCCCACAAUGCUUCCCCCGCACUGCCUUCACUGCCAAAGAAAAGAGGCCAUGAACAUUUACAGGAUGGCAGAGGGAACACUGGUCAGGAAACAGAACAACUCCCCACUGGCCGGGCAUUCCUGCUAUGCUUAGGUGAGUGGUCACUUGGACUAGAUCUGAAGGAAUUAUCAAGUAUUCUAACGUGAGCGGUUUUUAAACUGUCAAUCUCUUGUAGUAUCCUCCUACCACCACCACUUAAAAAAAAAAAAAGAAAAUGACAGAAGCUGCCAGUGUUUGCCGCACAGAAUUUAAAUAGUUCUUGGCAGUUGGCCACAUACCUGAGUUUGUUUUUAACGAGAAACUGCACACCAGGAAAAUUGGUACCACCCUGACCAAGGGGUCUCUGCCAGACUCCCAUUGUGGGGUCUUCAUUGUGACAACUGCUUGUUUUGUCCAUGGGAGAGGAAAGGUCAGAUGAAGGCAAGAAGUGUUCUGUUUUAAAUAAAAAAGAAUUAGUGUUUCCCCAAAGCACUUUGUGCCUCAGUUCAGUUUUCAACGCUAUCAGUCCUCGCUUCCCAAUCCACUGGCCAGUCUCGAGCCAAGGUUAAUACGUUGAGACUGUCUUUACAAAAAGAAAUUCCUCUUUACUGCUAAUGGGAACAGCAAAAGAAAAAUUGUGAAGAUAGUUUACAAUAUCGUUGUAGCAGAGAUGUGAAUUGAAGUGCUUUUCUUUCCCUUCUCCCCUGCUUUCUGGGACCUCCCACAGAAUCUGGCAUGCCUUCUCCCUGGGCUCGACAGGUGUGCACAGUUCUCUGAGGGCUGGGUUGUAGGAGGUGAGCUGGAGCAGUCUUACUGCAGGACUAGCCUUACAGCAGAGCUUUAUGGAAAGGAAGAGAGUCUAUCCUAAAUGUGUUCGCCAAAAAUGAACAAGGCGGGGGGGGUCUUUAUACAAAACUAAGCAAAAACCUUUGGAAUCCUUCAAGAAGUUAACAUACCUUUUAAAGGUAGUACAGGUUCUCACCAAGUGAUGCAUUCAGCAUGACACUUCUCGCCAGAAAGUUCAGGAUAAGUUGGAAUAAAUGUGUUUAAAACACCACCCCUACCCCCCCCUUUUAAUUUUGUCCAAGGAAUUAAUUACUUAAGUGUAGUAUUUCUGAAUGUGCCUUUGUGAGUACAGAGACCGUCUGUUUUAGGAAGAAGCUAACCGUGGGGAUAAAACAGAAAGGCGGUCAGUGUAGUCUUUAGGGAAGUCAGCGAUUCUCCUGGCGGUCCCCAGGGGCAGCUCUGGAGUUUUCAUUAGCAUCAAUAUUGCACAGUGUAGAGUUGUGUGGAAGAGAUUCUGGGGCUCGGGAGGGAGAAUGAGGUGAUGGUGCACAAUGACAGAGACCCAGGUUCAUCCAAGAGUGCAGGUUGAAUUUAUCUGUCUGCAGUACCUAGUUUCCUUCGUGUGUGUGUGUGUGUGGCUGUUUUAGUUUUUGUUUUUCUGUAAGCACUGGAGAACUGAAAUAUGGUGAUGUUUGUGACACAUUCAUGCAUGUCAAGAAGGCGUUUUCUAGCUUCUGCCAUGUGCGGGGGCGGGCAGCGCAUUUCCACCCUCUGAGUCUGUGUCCUAAGAAGGCAGUUACUUUCCUCACAUCAUGUUGCUGUUUAUGCGAACAGGGUAUUACACGCAAGGAAAAAGCUUCUGAGAGAAUAAGAUGGAAGUGUUUGAGAAAGAAAAGAGAAAAAUCUGAAAUCGUAUUUUAUUUCUUCAGAACUAUUAUAGUUAAGCAUAGAAAUCUGCAGUGUCUCUUCAUUUGCUUUUGUGUUUGUUUUAAACGAUGCCACCUCUUCUCCCCAUGCCCUAUCUUCUAAAGAAACCGCAAGUGAAUGCUAAGGGCCAUCUCCAUAAUUCCUCAGAACUCCCCAAAGAGGAAAACAAUCCCUCCCACAAGAUUCCUUCAGCUUCAUUCAGGAGACAAAGGGAGGAGAGAUGCGGCUUUCUGUGCUUCUCUCUCAUUCCUCUCUAAUGGCCUUGAAAUGUAUUAUUAUGCAAAUGUGAAUUUUGAUACUGAAUUUAAGAAGAGGUUGUUGGAUUUUUUCUUUUUUCAGAAAAAAAGGUCCCAUAUGUGGUCAUCAUUGCUUCUUUAUUUUGUAACGUGAAUUGUAACUAUGCAUUCUGCAAAAGGGGGGGUGGGGAGGGCAGAAAGGGAAGGAAGUAGCUUUGCAUCCUUGUUCUACGGUUUCUGUGUCCAUGGUAUCCCCACAUUCUGGCGGGGAAGGGGAGUGAGAGCCGGAAGCAGUCAAGUCGGCACAGUGAGGUGGAAAGAGACCUGGAGCCCUCCCUGCAGUCCUGGGGGGGUGGGGGGCGCUGCAGUUCCUGUCGGCUGGUGUGCUACAGGAUUCUCCGCCCUAGCCGUGCAGUGUUAGCCCAGGGCGACAGGGGGCCCCAAAGGCCCUAGUGUUCUCUGGGAAAAAGUACUCAUCCUUUCCUGAAUUCAGAACCCUUUCAAGCUCAGGAAACCAUGCCUCACUCGUGCUGACCUUAAAGUUAAUCUUUCUGUCGAUUUCCAGAACUACUCCUCCUCCUCCUCGCUCCUUUUAAUUUUUCUUUUUUUCUUCCUUAAUCCUUUUUAAGUGAACUUAUUUAUAAGGAAACUGCCCUGCUCUGUGGGGAAGAGGACUGUUGCUUGGCAGGCAAAAAGAAGUCUCUUCCUCAUCCACAAACCCUCAGCCAAACGUAAUCUCUCUGCUUCCUUGCAUUUAUUCCUCCAGAGAGCUAGUGAGCAAUGAGGUGCUGGACACGGGAACGCCUACAGCCUCCUCCUCGUCCUCAUAGAGUUCCUUUGUUGAUUUUGCCUGUGGUGAAUCCUGGCACCUGCGUUGCUCUGGUCUAGGCAUUAUCUGCAACCUACAGUAUCAUAAGCCAGAGAUUGUUCUGCCCGUAUUCAAUGUUUCCACGCAAGCAGUUUUUGUUGUUGAUGUUCACAGUACUGUAACGAGUAACAGACUUGAUCACAGUCUCCUCGUGCCCCGUGCAGGGUGUAUAGGCACAAUCUUAUCAGGGUUCCAAUCUGUUAGAUUGCCUUUAGACAAAACACAAAACAAACAAAAAAAUAAGAUCCUGACGUUUCAACUGUCUAACACAAAACAAUACCUCGAGGUACAUUUCCCCUGCGAUGUAGACCCUUAACUCCCCUCUCCUUCUCUGACAUCAGUGGGUUAUCCUUUUUAAAAUAUGAAUGUGUAAAUAGUAGGAUAACUUUUACAAUUUUUUUCUUUGCUGUGAAAGUAGCCCUGAAAUAUGAUAUUUUUCCAUUUUUUUUUAAGCCAUCUGAAGUUUCAGAUCUUCUUUCAUGCUUAAGAAGAGAAAGCAGAACAGGUCAGGGGAGUGGACGUGCAUUUGUGGGGUGGUGGUCUCUCCACUGCCUCCCACACACAGUGGCAGCCGACCCGUGUCCAAACCCUGUUUCGAAGAGAUGCCAUCUAUUCCAGAUCUAGUUCCAGGGUGAGGAGUGUCCAGAUUUCUCUCUUCCAGAAGAUCCAUCCCCUCCAGGCACUGCAGGAUGUUUUUUAACCUCAGACCUUGAGCUCUCAACCUUUCUUGCUUCACCCGCAGGCUCACUUUUUGAGUAACCGAGUAGCAUUCUGUGGUUCAUAAAGGGACUCAUCCCUGGCAUUUCAAUUUGGCACUGUAGAAUUCAUAGACUUACCACUUUACAAUGCUUUAGAAAUGUAUUGAUUUCUUACUUAGAAGGAAAUUCAUCUGAGACGUGCAAACAACCUUCCUGAAAGGUGUGGGCACCCUCAGGCAUUCCUCUGAAUGCCUUUCUACGUGAAGCUUGAAGCUGACAUUAGGUAGAGGGAUAUAACGUUUAACGAAUGCUGCUUGUAGGAUCUGUCAGCUACGGCUCUCCUAGAUUUGGCGACCCACAAGGCAGGGUCAGAAUAGAUCGUUUUGAAUAGCUUCUUCACAAACGCCUCUCCCCCUGCCCCCCCCCCCCCACCGCAUCUUAAAGCUAAACCCUGUAUCUGUUUAAAGGACCUUUUUAGUUUGAGCUCACCAAUCUUGUAUAGUGACGACUUCCUUCGAGGGAAAGAAGCUUGAGAAUAAAUGCACACCUAUUCACCACCCACCUUCUGAUUUGAGGCGCUAUCCACCUUUGGAUUUUAUUUCUGUUGUUUGUUUGGAGGCCCCUUUUCUGUCGGUCUCCUUCCUCCGGUCCCCCAUAAGUUCGUAAGUUCUUACUGCCCUUAUAUCCAUCCACGAUGCUCCCAAAGGGCUUUGCUGAUCUCUGCACUUCUUUCCUGGGACCCUCCCCCACCACCACCCUUUGCACACACCAGUGACCAAAGUGUGUCCAGUGAUCUCACAGAAGUCGUCAAAAAUGGUGCCUGCACCACGAAUGUGCUCACAGAGACACGUGCACAAGAUUCUGCACCCUUGGCCUUAACCUCUGUAUGACUUAAGGUGCAGGAACAUUUUUAACAGGUUAUUAAAAAAAAAAAUCCUUCUGGGAGGGGAAAAAAAGGCAGACAAAACAGCUCAAUUGUGCCCACUCCUAACUCUGCUAUUUGCCUACAACUUAAUUCUGUGCCCACCCCACCCAUCCCUGUUUUGAGUAACCAAAAAGAGACAACAAAAGCAACCUGAGGAGAGGUUUCUGGACUAUUUUAUCUUUCUCCAUUUAGCUGGAGAUAUAAAUGCUGCUUUGGGUUCCAUAAUCCUAGGGGCUGUGUUUACAUAGUAAAAUAUAUCCUACCAAAUCAGGAAACAAGCAUGGGAAUCUCUGCAGUGAGAGAGAGCUAAUUAGGUCGCCGAUGGUGAACAAGAGAAGUGAGGGGGUCCAGGGGUGGGGGGCACAGGAGGGAAGAGGGAGAAGUGCUCCCCUCCUCCCUUCGCUUCUCUCCUUGGCCCCUUUCAACAGAAGGCACAGAGAAAGGCAUCAGAAAGAGGCUGGAGUUUUAAAAGGCAGCUUUCCAACUUUGCACACAAACAGGUUAACAGGAAGGUACAGCAAAAAUCCUCUCAUCUGAAACACUCAGCAGAAACAAAACCUACCAACCUGACUCCAUAGCUGCACAUAGUGACGCUCUCUGCAAGUUACCUAGAAGUGUUUUGUUUUUCUUAUACUUGAAAUAGCUUUUACGAUGUUACUUUGGCGGCCUUCUUUUCUCUCUCCUGGCGGGCAACAGAGGAAGCGGAUGAUGGGAUCCAAGGAAGUGUGAGGGGAGAAAAGGAAGGAUAUGGCAUUGUCUUUUUUGUGUGUGUUUCCUUAAACAUAUAGAGGUUUAAUCGAACUCCCAUGUGUUGAAAUUGCUCCUCAUAUUACUGGUUUUACAUGGACACAGAAACUAGGCACUUUAGAGGUGCACUUGCAUGGCAGGCUGGGCCCCCCUUUUCUCUAUUUUAUUUUACUUUUUUAGUAUAGUGGUACUUAAAAUCACUGGUUCACUUAAAGAAAAAAAACAAACAAUAAAAUGUUAAACUCUACUAAUGUACAAAUAAGCUGAAAAGUUGCAUUUUAUGUGUAUUUUUCGCCAUAGCAGGUACUGUAUUUCUCAUGCUGGAUUUAAAAAAAAAAAGAAAAAACCAACAAAAAAAACUAAAGGGUGGUGUUUAUUGGAUUGUGACAGGUUGCGUACUGAGGAACUAAGUCGCCGUCAUUUCAUUAAAACUGAGAGAUGAUGUAAUGCAUAUAUAAGAGUUUUCUGAAGGGUUUUUUUGGGCUUUUAAACAGCUUAUUUUUGUUUUGUUUAGUUUUUUAUUUUAUUUUAUUUUGGAAAGAUAUGAUUGUAUUAUGUGCAACUCAGUUGCUUACAUUAUAACUACAAAAUAUUUUUGGGUUCCUGGAAAAAAAAAAAAACAAAAAAGAAAAAAGACUAAUAAAUGUGUUUGGCUGCUAAGCAUU